UGAGCUGAGCGGCGGGAUAAAACCCAGCAUGUGUGAAGGGACGGGGGCAUUGUGAGACAUGGAGAGCAUACGGCCUGCCGCUCCACUGCGGAGCAUUAUCCUGCUGCUCGCCUUCUGCCAAAGUACCCUGCAAGGAGGUGUUCCUGGUGCAGGAGUAGCUGGCGUAGGUGGUCAAUACUAUCCAGCAGGAGGCGCUGGGGCAUAUCCAGGGGCUGGAGUGGGAGCCGGAGGAAUACCACAGGGAGGAGUAGGAGGACUAGGAGCAGGAGGACUCGGAGGAGCAGGGUUAUAUCCCGGAGGAAAACCACCCAAACCAGGUGUUGGAGCUCUUGGUGCAGGAGGUCUUGGAGCUGGUGGCGUAGGAGCUGGUGGCGUAGGAGCUGGUGGCUAUGGAACUGGAGGCCUAGGAGCUGGUGGCUAUGGAACUGGAGGCCUAGGAGCUGGUAGCUUAGGAGCUGGCGGCUAUGGAGCUGGCGGCUAUGGAGCUGGCGGCUAUGGAGCUGGUGGCAAGCCACCAAAACCAGGUUAUGGACCAGGAGGCCUUGGAACUGGUGCAGGUGGGUUUGGUGGAGUUGGCGGUGUUGGUGGAGUUGGUGGUGUGGGUGCUGGCGGACUGGUACCAGGAGGCGUUGGUGCUGGUGUUAAACCAGGAAAAGGACCAGGUGCAGGGAUCCCUGGCUUGUACCCUGGGGGAGUAGUACAAGGAGGCGCAGGGGGAGUACCUGGUGGAUUUCCAGGCGGUGUAAUCCCAGGUGCAGGUGGAGCUGUACCAGGUUUGACUACAGGAGCCGUCAUUCCACAAACUGGUAUCCAGCCAGGAGCUGGCGGAAAACCCGGAAAACUUCCAGGUGCUGGAAUUCCCGGGACCUUUCCUGGAGGAGGAGUGCUGCCUGGAUCAGGUGUGAGAUACCCAGGAGUUGGUGUUCUUCCUGGAGUGGCAACAGGGAAUGGAGUGAAGCAGAAACCUCAAGCUGGUGGUGGAGCUUUGGGUGGAAUACCUGGCUUUGGUGGAUUUGGUGGACAGCAGCCUGGUGUACCUCUAGGGUAUCCUAUUAAAGCACCUAAGCUACCAGGAGGAUAUGGGGUUCCGUAUACGUCAGGAGGACCUGGAGGUUAUGGUGCUGGUGCUUUGGGAGCUGGUGGCAAAGCUGGAUAUCCUACAGGAACUGGAGUAGGCGCUCAGGCAGCAGCCGCUAAAGCUGCAGCUAAGGCCGCAAAAUAUGGUGUAGCUGGAGGUGGAGGUAUACCUGUCGUUGGACCUGGAGUUGGUGGCAUCCCUGGUGCUGUGCCAGGUUUGGGCCCUGGAGGUGGAGCUGUUCCUGGUGUCGUGCCUGGUCUUUACCCUGGAGCUUUGCCUGGGGGUGGUGCACUGCCCGGAGCUGGAAUACCUCAAUAUGGAGUUCAGACUGGUGGCAAACCUCCUAAGUAUGGUGUGCCUGGUGUUGGGGGUGUUUCUGGAGUAGGUGGUGGAGUAGGCGUUGGUGGCAUUCCUGGAGUUGGUGGCAUUCCCGGAUAUGGCGGCAUUCCCGGAUAUGGUGGCAUUCCCGGAUAUGGUGGCAUUCCCGGAUAUGGUGGCGUUCCUGGAGUUGGUGGUGUUCCUGGAGUUGGUGCUGGUGCUAAGCCACCUAAACCUGGAGUUGGAGGUGUUGGACCAGGUGGCCUGCCAGUUGGAGUUGGAGGAGUUGGACCAGGUGGCCUGCCAGUUGGAGGUGUUGGCGGUGUAGGAGCUAAGCCCCCUAAGCCAGGAGUUGGCAUUGGUGGAUUACCAGGAGUUGGAGGAUUACCAGGAGUUGGAGUUGGUGGAUUACCAGGAGUUGGAGUCGGUGGAGUACCAGGAGGAGGAACGUACCCAGCAGGAGGGAAGCCACCUAAACCUGGUUAUGGAGCAGGAUAUGGAACUGGAUUGUAUGGUGGAGGCGGAGUAGGACCUGGUGGUGGACUAGUUCCUGGUGGUGGAUUAGUACCUGGAGCUGGACUUGGAGCUGGUGGUGGACUGCUACCUGGAGCUGGCCUUGGUGCUGGUGGUGUAGGUGGCGUGGGAGCAGGUGCAGGCGGCAAACCCCCCAAACCAGGUUACGGCCCUGGAGCUGGUCUAGGUGCAGGCGCUGGAUAUGGUGGUCCAGGUGCUGGUCUUGGUGGUCUAGGAGCUGGCGGUGGACUUGGUGGUCUUGGAGCUGGAGGAGUUCCUGGAGCAGGAGCAGGAGGAAAACCACCUAAGCCCGGUUAUGGACCUGGAGCUGGUGCAGGAACUGGAGGCGGUUUUGGACCUGGAGGUGGAUAUGGACCAGGAGCAGGAGGUGGAUUUAGACCAGGAGCUGGAGUUGGACCUGGAGCUGGACUUGGACCAGGUGGAAUAGGAGGUGCAGGCCUAUACCCAGGAGCUGGAGGCAAGCCACCUAAGCCAGGAUAUGGUGCCGGUCAAGUAGCAGGUGUCGGUGGUGCUGGUUAUGGACCUGGAGCUGGAGCUGGUUAUGGCCCUGGUGCUGGAGCUGGUUUUGGACCUGGAGCUGGUUAUGGCCCUGGUGCUGGAGCUGGUUAUGGCCCUGGUGCUGGAGCUGGUUAUGGCCCUGGUGCUGGAGCUGGUUAUGGCCCUGGUGCUGGAGCUGGUUAUGGCCCUGGAGGAUUAGGAGGAGGUGCAUACCCAGGAGGCAAACCACCUAAGCCAGGUUAUGGAGCUGGUUAUGGAGCUGGUGCUAGUUUAGGUCCAGGAGCAUUAGGAGGAGCUGGAUUUGGAGGAGCUGGAGCCGGACAGCCAUUAGGAGCCCAAAAACCAGCCAAAUCCUACUACAGAGGUGGUGGUCUUUGUGGCCAAGGGAAGUACUGUGGCAGGCGGAGAAAAUAACCAGUCAGAGAGCUACGAGUAACCUCAUCAACUAUGGUGCUACUGCAUGGUGUGAAUGUAAAAGGAUUCAAGUAUCCCCCCUGUUUUUUCCACCCUCAAAUCCAUUCUCUCAAUUCCUUCCCCACCCUUCCAUCCUCCUGCCCCUUGAACGUCCACCUGUAUACAAUGAGUCAGGCAGCUACACUUUAUGCCAUGAGCCUGCAGUCUGACAUUAAUAAAAUGUCAGGCAAACAUAUACACACAAGUUGAUACUGUAUGAAUAUGUCUGUAAUGUGUGUAUGUGUACGUGCCAAUAAAUCAGAACACAAUCUAUGAAUGCACAUUAAGAAAUCUACGGAAUUGUGCAUACUUGUAUACAGUACACUCAUCAACAAGUAUGGACAUACAUGCACUAUAUAUAUAAAUAUAUUUAAAGUA